UCUAUAGACCUGACUGCUCCUGUAUUCUGGAUUCUCCUCAGGUGAUCACUGGCGCCCCAUCUUGUUCUCAGCACUGACCGGACAUGGCACCCCCAAGUACAUCAAUGCUGUGUUUGUAAAUUCUAACUGUCUUGAAGACGUGAUGAUCGCCACCCAGCUGCCCAUGAAGGAGACGUUGGGGGAUUUCUGGUCCCUGGUCUGGGACUACAAGUGCACGUCUGUUGUGGUGAUGCACCGAGAGGAGGACCUGCCGCAGAUCGGCCCACACUUUUAUCCACAUAAAGGAGAAUCCCAUUAUGGCGGCUUCAGCGUCACGGCAACUGGGAAAAAGUCAGGAAACGGCUGCGGGUCCACGUCUCUGAUUGUGAGGAAGGAGAAUGAGAUGUCAGAUUCCAGCCUGGAGGUGGCGCUGUGGCAGCUGAGCACGUGGCCCCUGGAUCAGGCUCUGCCCCAGGAUCCAUCCUCACUGAUCACUGUGAUCGGGGAAGCGGAGAAGUGUCAGCAGCAGAUGGCGGACAGUCACAUCCUGGUCACCUGCCGUGAUGGGGCGAGCCGUUGCGGGCUGUUUGGCGCCGGUCUGAUCCUCUGUGACCAGAUCCGCAGUGAUGGAAUCGUAGACGUGUCCCAGGCCGUGCGGUCGCUCAGGAAGAGACGCUGCCAGUUUAUCCCCAAUAAGGAGAUGUUCGUCUUCUGCCAUGUGCUGGCGCAGACCUACUUGGAUUCGUUCGAAACUUACGGAAACUUCAAGUAGCGGCAAAGACUUCCAUGAAGAGGAGGAGGAGGAGAACGAGAACAUGGAGGAGA